UAUUGAAACAAAUUGUUUCAGCAUCGGUAGGGAAUACAGCUAAGAAGAACAAAGUAUGAAGACUCUGUCUGCAUUGAUCGUCCUAGGAGCAUUUUCCUUCUCGUUAGCCUAUAAAGGCAGUUACAUGCCUGAUGAUGGCUUAUGGGAAGAUGACGAGACAGACUGGGACGACCCAAACUCUAUUGUGUUCAACAAGAAAGUUUACAAUUGCACUGAUCACAUGGGAUGUGGAUGUCCCAUGCUGCUUUGUACUGGAAACAAAAUCUGUGAACGCGAUGAUAACAACCCGAUCAAGUGCCGGCUCACCAAGCCGUACAAAAAAAUCAACUUACAAAACGCAAAAGUAGAAUUUUUUUUCAAGGGUUCCGGUGAUUGCAAAUGCAACCCUUUGUAGGUAUAACGAGGACAGAAGAAAAACAAAGACAAAAGAAGAAGUGAAGUGAUUUUGUAAUCUAAAGGGAACAAUCUAAUUCUUCUGUAAGCUGUACUUUUAGCAACUUCGAAAGAACACACAAACGCUUUACUACGGUUUCUGUACUGACCUGUUUGUUAGUUUACCAUUAUACUGAGUUGUGUUGUUUGAUCUCAGUUCAUCUGUGUAAAAUAUGUGGUCAAAUCAUAUUGUACAUGAGAACGUUAAAUAAAAAAAAAAAUCAAAUGAAAGGAUUAAGUUGAAUUAA